AGGAAUUUGUAAAAAUGUUUUUACUGAAAAUUGAGUGUGAUUAAGUCUACUGAACGCCUUGAUAUUUUGUACCGUCUUUCCACUUUUAAUAGCCUUCAGUCUAUGCUAAGAAUUAGCCACGCCAGGUAGCUUGUUAACCAAAACUUCCCCAACACUCAUUUUUGACACGUCCAUCAUGCUGGUUGUCAUUUGUAAAGCUGAUAAACAACUAUCACAGCUAUUAUCACACCACGUUUUUACUAUGACAAUAUUUAGCUAAGUACAGUAGUUAUAGCCUCCCUGUAAACAAGGGUGUAUUCAUUACGCCUAUACUUAGGCAAAACUUUUUCGAAACCUAUUCAGUCUGUUGGUGUAAAUGAGGUGGUUUCCAGUUUCCACUAUCACACCAAUCCAUUCCUUGAUAAUCCACGAGGGGGUGUACAGUCCUCUUUUAGGACAAUGGUGACAUAAUUCCAAUUUGACCUCUAUCCCAACUUCCUAGACAUGUUGGAUAGAUCUCAGCAGAGUUAUAUAUCGACGUCCAGUAGAGUGAGAUUUGACGAUAGACGUUCCAGCGAUAUUUCCAUCAAACUAUUUAAUGAGAGAAUCCUGUCUGCCAUCAAGAGCGUCGAGUCAUUUACUCACUGGACAAUGGGUGAAAUACCAGUGUACAGUCGCAGCAGCAAGAUUGCUGACCUGUUGCCACAAAAUGCCGACCAGGAGUUCUUGGAAGCACAGGGUUAUAAUGGAUACGACCCAGUUAACAAGUUUCCGGGAGGCAGUGAUACUUACCUCACCAUCUCUGGGGCAGGUCAUCCUUUUCUCUCCUCUGAGCAGACAUUCCAUACCCCCAGUCUUGGAGAUGAAGUGUUUGAGAUCCCUCCCAUCUCCCUGGACCAGGACUCUGCCCUCAGUGUGGGGGACGAGGUGUCCCAUUUUGGGGAACUAUCGGGAGGAGCAGGGGGUCCUUCUGGGGUUGGAAGCCUGGCGAGGAAUGCUGUGGUGGGGGGCAAUGACCCCUCCUUUGCCUCCACCUAUGUGAACCCAAACUCUCAGGGCCUGGAGCACCUGAGUCUUAGGGUGAUGAGCCAGUCUGGAGGGGGGGCCCUGCUCAGCUCAACACUGGGUGUGGAACUUGGCCACUCCAUUGGCUCCCAUUUCAGCAGCUCCUCUCCAAUGACCAUUGAUGUCCCACUUGGUGACAUGAAUCAUGGCCUAUUGGGACACAAUCAGCUAACCACUAUUGAUCAAUCAGAGUUGAGUGCCCAGCUUGGGCUUGGUCUUCAUGGCGGGAACAUUCUGUCCCGUUCCAAGUCCCCUGACCAGCUGUCUGCCACGCCUUCUCCAGCAGGCUCUCUCCAGGAUGAUGACAUGGAUGACUUCAGGAAGAGUGUGCUGGUUGACUCUCCAAUGUCCCUGUCGGUCUCCCCUGCAAUUCUCUCCCACCUCUCCACCAUGCCAGGCUCUGCCCCCAUGCUCUCCUCCAUCUCCCCUGCAUUAGUGAGGCGCGGCGGGGGAAAGCCGGCCAUGGUGGCCGCUACGGCAGGGCCUGGAGGAGGGAAGAAGGGAAAGAAGAAGAAAGACCCCAACGAGCCCCAGAAACCUGUCUCUGCGUAUGCCCUGUUCUUCAGGGACACCCAGGCUGCCAUCAAGGGCCAGAACCCCAAUGCCACAUUUGGAGAGGUGUCCAAGAUCGUAGCCUCCAUGUGGGACAGCCUUGGGGAAGAGCAGAAACAGGUGUAUAAGAGGAAGACGGAAGCAGCGAAAAAUGAGUAUUUGAAGGCAUUAGCAGCUUACAGAGCCAAUCAGCUUUCACAGCCCUCUAUUGAGAUGAUGGACACGGCCUCUUCACCACCACCUCCAGUGCCUGAGCCAGUGAAUGUGGCCCUCCUGGCUCCCACCCGCCCCUCCCGCCUCCCACAGCACAACCCUGACCAGAAUACCAUCACCAACAUCUGCACCUCCAACAUCAUUCUGGACGUCCCCCAGGUCACCACACGCUCCCGCACAGGGGCUCACAAGCCCCUCACCCUGGGCCCCACAGCCACCCCGACCCUGAUCCCAAACAUCACAGCCACCCUGACCCCCACCAUCACCAAGAUCAUCAUCUCCAAACAGAUGCUCCAGGCCGGGGCUCAGCUCCACCAGAUCCCCACCUCCAUGGUGACUGUGCUCCCUGGCGGUGUGCGCACCCUGCUUCCCUCAGCCCCACGCCAGCCCCCACCUCUACAGCAGAUGCAGCAUGCCCCUCCUCCCCCACGGCUCCAGCAGAUGGUACACUCCCCAGCCCCGCCUCCCCUCCAGGCCAAGCCCAGAGGAAGUGCUGGACCUGGGAUUCCUGUGUCCAUCACCGCGACACCUCCCCCUCCACUACAGAUCACGAUAGUCCCUGCUUCUUUGCAAGCAGACGCAUCCUUGCCCAUUAUUGUUACGACAACAGCAACCGCCAACUCAAUUUGUGUCACCAAUUCCACUGUACCUACAUCUGCUUACUCCACCCCUACAGUGGCUCUGCAAUUGGCGAAGUCCACUGACUUGACGGCCAGUGCAGAUGAGGAUGCGGUUACGGAAGAGUUCACGUCAGGAGAGAUGGAAAUGGAGUUCAAUGUGUCUCCAGGUGCCACUGAUGUGGCUUCUGGCCCUCUGACUAUGUGUGUGCGCGCAGGAUGCACCAAUCCUGCAAUAGAGAGCACGGACUGGGACAAAGAGUACUGCAGCAAUGAAUGUGUCGCCACUCACUGCAGGUGUGUGGGUUUGUAUUUAAAUGGAUAUCUUCAUGGCCUGGUGCUCCAUCAGGAAUCACAACACCAUGGUUGUCAAGUAAAGACCAGCAUUACCCAGACAAAGGGAGGAAUGUGUCUUGUUGGGUUGAGUGAUAACAGGCCUACGGUAGACCAAUUGGGGCGAGAGGAAAAGAUGGAGUUCGGAGGGGAAAAGAAAAGCACAGUGUACCACGAAGCGAUCCAUUGGAAAUCAUUUAUGAACAUUACACAUUGGAUUCAUUGACAAAUUCCUGGAUAGUUGAGACCGUGGCCGAGAUGUUUUUAUGUUUUAUUGUUUGGACGUGUAUACCUUUUAACAGGUCUAAGUCACACUGAUAGUGUUAGAGGAAGUAGCCCGUAUGAAGGGACCUAAAGUCAUAGUGGGAUUCCAAAGGGUUCUAUUCCAGAGGGUACAUUGGAACAUAGUGCCACUAGUUUUGACAAAGCUUCAUUUGAUAGGUUCAUUGAAAUCAGGUUUGACAGAGAGAAAUUGGGAUACAAUAUUUUUUGUGAGCCAUGGCAUCCAAAAGCUUAAUGAAGUGUGCUAUCUUAACUAUUUGGAUAAACAUAUAUUUGAUACCCACCUUUUUUUUUUUGGUUGCCUUUAGGUCCUUGAAAAACAUUUGUCAGUCUCUCUUCUUUCUAGAGAAACAGAAUCAGGAAAAUACAAAACAUUUCAGUGAAACUGAAAAUAUGUGAUUUGGAGUAGUGUAUCAUACAAUACUCUUGUUUUCUUUUUACAUUUAGUUUAGUGCCCUCUAGGGCCAAUACUCUUACUUUUUCAUUACUCUGAAGGAAAUGUUCACUGUGUCCGUGGUGAGUAAACAUCAGCAGAAAUCAAGGUCAAUUUGUUAUUACAUUUUUAAUAAAAGAGCGAUGAAGAUAUGGA